AGAAGCAUGGACUCACGCACGCACUCAUUGUCUCUUCCUGUGUCAUGCCAUUAAAGAGAGACAGAGAUGUGUUGUUGCUGCAGGCCUUCCAUUAAAUAAGUCAGAGCUCUGCAGCUUCUCAUAAACAAACACACAGAAAACAGCACUCCCUCACCAGCCAAGCUAAAAAUAACUUUGUUAAUUUUUAUUUUUAUUGUUAUUUUUUCAUUGAGGCAAGCAAGGCAAGGCAACUAGUAGUUUCUUUCAGUUGUAAUUUCAAUGUCUUCUGAUCUCUAUACUUUUGACAUUUCUUACCAAAGACAUUCAAGCCCAGACAACAUGGUCUCCUAUGAUGGAAAUGGAAACUUUGUAUUUUUCUCUGACCCUCACUCUUUCCCUUUCCUCACUGGCUCACCAAUUGAUGAUGUUGUUCAAGGGAAUUUUAACACUUCUCUUGACCCUUUUUCCUCUUCUUUCUGCUCCUUUUCUCCUCAGGAAAACCCUGUGCAACCUCUGUCUAAUAUAAAGGGUGAGUUUAGAAGUUUCUCUUAUUUGCAUGGCUCCGAAGUGACAAGUAAGGAAUGCCAAAUGGGUGUGGAUUAUACCUACAAUCAGCACUUUAUUUCUCAAACUUGUCAUGGUUCUGAAAGUGCAUCAAAGUUAAUUCAAAGGAGCUUCAGCUGUACCUCUUUUGAUGAGAAGCCUCGUUUCCCCUUUGAACCUCACCCUGACACUCUCAUGGAUUUUCAAUGGCAUGCUUUGAACUCCCCUGAAAACACUUUCUUCGCAGCAUCAAUGAGGAGAGUGUGCAGUACAGGAGAUUUGCAGAACAUGAAAGCAGCAGAUAUGUCUCAAACGGAGAGCCCCUUGUUGGAGGAAGGAAACUUCAAAGUAAGGCGUUAUAGUGCCGAAGAAAGAAAAGAAAAAAUCUCUAAAUACAGAGCUAAGAGAAGCCAGAGGAAGUUCAAUAAGACUAUUAAGUAUGCAUGCCGAAAGACACUAGCCGACAAUAGAACCCGCAUACGUGGCAGAUUCGCACGCAACGACGAAAUCAGAGAGAUUCCGAAAGCACCUUGUUCAAGUUCAACCACAGAAGAAUAUGAAGACGAGUUCUGGGUUGAAUUCAUUGAAGGAUUAAAUGAGGAGGUCAACGGUUAGAGCAGAACAAUGUGCAGAGAUAGUUAUGGAGCUCCUCAGUUUCAGUAGCUGUGUGUGUCUUUGGAGUCUUGACAGAAGCAUCUUUCUUUUUAUGAGUUUUGGCUGAUAGUCACUUGACAACGAAACAGCCUUUUUGUAUGCAAAGGAAAGAAUUCCGAAAGGCUUUUCAAUUUUAAUUUUUUUUUAAUAAAGUCGCUAUAUUUAAGAUCAUAAGCUAUGGAAGUCAAAUGUAAGUUGGGUAGUUAUAGGUUGCUUCCACUUAGCUUUUUGCUUAAUUGUAUUUGAUUUUGAUUUCUCUUGGUUGCGAUUUGUUCAGUGUAUAUAACCAUGUAUCAUAUUCAAUAAUCAGGUAAUGUAUUUUAUUUUCUUGUAC